GGAUCCUCUUGCUACCAUCCUCCUCAACAACCCACGUCCUCUGCGUCGCCGUGAGGACAGAUUGCGACAGACAGCUCUUCGACGAUGAGGUGGUUCAGAAGUGCUGUACGAUGCUCCACACCCUUCGUCUUGCUAUGGCUACUGCUCGCGAUGCUGGAAGGAACACUCGUGGACGCGAGGGGAGAACAGCAGGAAAGCAUAACGGCGGUGUGCGUUGCAUGGGAAGGCACAAAGUGCCCGUUUACGAACACUACGAACCCCGUGACGAAGCUGUUCGACCCGAAAACCCAGACUCUGUGCAAGGCUGCUGUGUCGAUCAACGUCAAGCAAAUCGACUGGCAGAGCUACCAUUCAACAGGAAAGGGGCUGAUCCGCAGCGUGAAGAUCAACCAGAACGAGCUCCUCACGUCCUUCGUGUACCCGUCCGACUCGUAUUUGCUGGCGAACUACCCGCACUGCGACGACUGGUUUGACGUGCUGCCCCCGCAUGAAAACACCAUCCAAACUGGCCACGGCACCCAACGCUCGAUACUUCCUCUCAUCACUGAGGAUUCCGUCGAGUUUGAGAUCGAAUACGAAUGGACGGGCGACCAUUCCCAGCAACCCGUGUGCUCGUUUGGCGGUGUAUCGUACGUCGGCAUGGCUCGCAUGGAUCUGUUCUACGAAGUCCAGGACGACGAUCAUUGCCCCGGGUGGAAUGAAACGACCAACACGUGGUGUCACGGCCACGGCCAUUGCGACUGCGCCGUGACGGAAGGCGACCCGCGCACGUGCACGUGCCAGUCCGGGUAUGCGCCUCCGACGUGUGAACGGUGCCUGGACAACAAAUACGGAGACUUUUGCACCGAGACGUGCGACGUGUGCUUCAACGGUGGCGUGUGUCAGGCUGGCAUCAACGGCACCGGUGACUGUGUGUGCACAAACGGGUUCGAUCCUGCAACUCGGUGUGCGACGUGCUUGCCGCUUCAUUACGGCCCAAGCUGUCUUGCGUGCGACGAUUGCAACCACCCGCAUGGCAAUUGCAACGAUGGGAUUCAGGGAAACGGUCUCUGUUCCUGUGCGGUGGGGUAUAGCGCGACUCUGAACUGCCUCGACUGCCUCGAUUCGUUUUAUGGCCCUACGUGCACGCCAUGCAAGUCGUGCCAUGAAGGCCGGUGCAACCACGGCCUUGACGGCGACGGUCAAUGCAUCUGUCGCGACGGCUUUGACGCCGAAACCCAUUGCACAGAAUGCUCAACCAACUACUUUGGACUCAACUGCACGCGGUGUGAAUCGUGCCACGGCCGCGGCAUUUGCAACGAUACCUUGUCUGGCGAUGGUCAGUGUUUUUGCGACGCCGGGUACACGUCGGCCUCGCGCUGUGUGCUUUGCGACGACGGAUGGGACUUCAACCCGACGACCAUGAGCUGCCAAUGCGCCCCAGAGCACUUUGGACCGUUCUGUCGGUCCUGUCCGAUCUGUGCGCCUCACGGGCGCUGUAGCGCCGGCAACGAUGGCGACGGGCGGUGCAUCUGCGAUCCAGGAUGGAGUGACUCGACCAACUGCGUAACGUGCAUGAGCGGGUACUUUGGCCACGACUGCUCGAUAUGCCGGCGGUGCGGUCAAGGACGAUGCGACGAUUCAAUCCACGGCACGGGGCAAUGCAUUUGCAGUCAAGGAUACAGCAGCACCAGUGAUUGUUACAACUGUGACGAAGGGUACUUCGGCCCCAACUGCACCGCGUGCCCGCAAGACUGUGCGCACGGCACUUGUUCGAGCGGGUUACUGGGGUCUGGAACAUGCAAGUGCGACGAAGGGUGGGCAUGGUCGUCGCAGAACCCGUGUACGUCGUGCCUGCCGGGGUACAUUGGUCCCGACUGCGUGCUCUGUCCGGGGCACAUUGAGAGCGGCCUCAUGUGCAAUGGCCAUGGGGUGUGCAUCCCCCACGCGAAUCGGUCCGUCGGCAUUUGCGAAUGCGACGCUCGGUUCAGCGGCAUGGGAUGCGAAGUGUACGAGUUUCCGCUCGCGAUGGUGUGUGGCUUAGGGUUGAUCGCGCUGUCGACGUUGGGGUUUUGCAUGUGUUCGAUGCGACGCCUGGCGCGUCAAACGCAAAUCUUCCACCCCCAAGUGCUCCGCCGUGGGAGCACAUUCCCUGGGUACUUGGAGAUAUCGGACGUGAGCGACCUCGAGUUUUUCGUGUCGGCCGACUCCCGCGACUGGUUGAUACCGUUUGAAGCGUUGACGUUGCAAAAGGAAGUCGGCAAUGGCACGUCGGGUCAAGUGUUUCAGAGUUUGUACCACAGCGGCGGGGGCAACUCGGUCGUGGCCGUGAAGCGAUUGUACAGCCCCGUGACAGGUCAAGAGUACUUUCAGAGUUUUUUUCGGCGGGAAGUCAGUAUCUUGAGCAAGCUUCACCACCCCCACGUCGUGCGAUUCUACGGCGUCAGCUACUACAGCCGCAUCUUGUACAUUGUUACCGACUUCUGCCAAACAAGUCUGAGCCACUUGAUCGAGAACCCGGCGACGAAAGGGCCGUUCGAGCCGUCCUUCUUCAUGAAAGUUGUGGUUCAAAUCACGAGCGGCAUGGGCUUCCUCCAUAGCCGUAAUGUCGUUCAUCGGGACCUGAAGCCGGCCAACGUGUUGCUGACGGACACGGACGACGUCAACAUUUGCGAUUUUGGACUGUCGAGGUUGAUCGACCCGGAAACGACGUCGAUGACUGCCGAGGUCGGCACGCCGAGUUAUAUGGCUCCAGAAAUGGCCACCAUGGGCGGCACACAGUGCUCCACCAAGGGUGACGUGUACUCGUUUGGUAUCUUACUCUACACGAUGUGGUCGCGCAGCAAGCCGUACGGAGACCAAGGGAUGAAUCCGUUUCAACUGAUGACGGCAGUCGUGAACGGAUUGAGGCCCGUGAUCCCCAUCAAUUGCCCCCCCGGGCUCGAAAACCUCAUGAAGAGCUGCUGGGAUGCCAACCCUGGGGCGCGUCCAAGUUUUCCAGAAAUUUCGCUGCAGCUCCAGGAUCCUGCCAUCCUGGAAUGCCCUCCGGCCACCGACUUUCCGUCGUCCGCAGAAGAGCGCCCGCUGUCAAGUCGAUUUCGAGUCAACAGUCGCGACCACUACGUCGACCCGACAAACUAUGGUAGCUGCAACAACACGCAGGACUGAUCCAUGGCACCACAUAGAGCACACUUGUAGGACGAGAACGAAAGGACGACACGCGUAGGACUAUUUUAUUCAACGAAAAACCUUCCGUUGGAGGGAAUUGUACACUGCCGUGGCCGUCCUGCGUGCGUGAAUAGUAGUAGCCUCGA